UGUGGAAGAGCCACACUCAAGGUGCUCAAAGAGCCGCAUGUGGCUCUAGAGCCGCAGUUUGACCACCACGGUCCAUGAGUGAUGGGGGGCAAACCCUGCCUACCUGCGGCCUUGAGCUCCAGGAACUACAUUACCCAGAAGACCUUGCGUGGAAUUCCUCCAGCUGAACCAAUGAAAGGCCAGAAAAGGCUUUCACGAUGAUGGACAGGGCGCAGGGGCGGGACCUCCAGCGUCCACCCGGCAUCAGCUUAGCUACCUGGCCGGGUUGUCCACAUUGUCCGGGUCCCUGUGGAGAUGCCCGGACAGAGAACGGGCGGUAAUCGCGGUGCACACAGCACACACGCGAGAGUGAAGCUCGGCGCGGUCACCAUGGUGACCCGCUCCGCGGCCCGGAAAGAGGCGGCCGCUCCUCCCGCCGCUCCGGCCCCGCGCGGCCCACAGAGCGCGAUGGCGGCGCCCGCGCUGAGGCGCCGGGCUGAGGUUUGCGUGACCUUGGAGGACAUUGCCCUGUACUUCUCCAGGGAGGAAUGGAGCCUCCUUGAUGAGGGUCAGAGACAGCUGUACCUGAAUGUGAUGCUGGAGAACUUUGAACUUGUGUCCUCGCUGGGUUGCUGUUGUAGAGCAGGGAAUAUGGAGGCACAGCUUGAAGAGAACAUUGCUGUAAGAGUGUCACAGGCAAAGAAUACCAAGUUAGCUUUGUCUUCCCAGAAGAGCCACAACCCCUGUGAGAGUUGUGGAUUAGUCUUGAGAAACAUUUCCCAUUUGAUUGAGCAGCAGGAAUUACAAGACAGGCAGAUACUGUUGAGGUGUGGGGCAUGUGCAAAACAAUUUCAAUUCCAGGCACAAUUUCACCGGCACCCGGAGCAGCACUUGAGAGAGAAGCCUUUGAUAAGAAGUAUGGACAACAUCUCACUUGCAAAGGGCUGCCAUUUCAGUACGUCUCAGAAACUUUUUACCUGUGGAGAGGUGGGGCAGGACAUCCUUACCGAGUCAGGACAUCUCCAGCAAAAGGCUACUCAGACCAGGAACAGACUAAAUGACAUCUCAAUGUGUGGGGUGACGUUUCAAAAGAGGAAAACUUAUUACUCCAGAAAAGAAUGUAAGAAAGCCAAUGGCUGUAACCACACGUUUCUUCAGAACAAGAGUGUCCAUCCUGGAAAAGAGGGUUUCUGGUGCCGUGAAUGUGGGAAAUCCUUUACCAGAUUUUCUACUUUUUGUUAUCAUCAGAAAUUUCACUCGGGAGAGGGGCCUUAUAACUGCAUUGAAUGUGGGAAAUCUUUUCCCAGUAGCACUGGCUUUCAUUGUCAUCUGAAAAUUCACACUGGAGAUAGGCCUUAUCAGUGCAGUGAAUGUGAGAAAACUUUUACUACUAGCAGUGGUCUCCGUUAUCAUCAGAAAGUUCACACAGGACAAAGGCCUUAUCAGUGCAGUGAAUGUGGGAAAUCUUUUAUCACUAGUGCUCACCUUCAUCGUCAUCAGAGAGUUCACACUGGAGAAAGGCCUUAUAAUUGCAGCAAAUGUAGGAAAUCAUUUACUUGGAAAGUUAACCUUGGUCGUCAUCAGAGAGUUCACACUGGUGAAAGACCUUAUGUGUGCAAUGAAUGUGGGAAAUCUUUUACCGAUAGCAAUAGCCUGUGUGGUCAUCAGAGAUUUCACACUGGAGAAACACCUUAUGAGUGCAGUGAAUGUGGGAAGUCUUUUGCCAGUAACACUGGCUUGCAUUAUCAUCAAAGUAUCCACACUGGAGAAAGGCCUUAUGAAUGUGGUGAUUGUGGGAAAUCAUUUACUUGGAAAGUUACCCUUCAUCGUCACCAGAGAGUUCACACUGGUGAAAGACCUUAUGUUUGUAAUGAAUGUGGGAAGUCUUAUACCUGUCGCAGUGGCCUCCGUUGCCAUCAGAGAGUUCACACUGGAGAAACGCCUUAUGAGUGCAGUGAAUGUGGGAGAUCGUUUACUUGGAAAGGUACCUUUCAUCGUCAUCAGAGAGCUCACACUGGUGAAAGACCUUAUGUUUGCAAUGAAUGUGGGAAGUCUUAUACCUGUCGCAGUGGCCUCCGUAGCCAUCAGAGAGUUCACACUGGAGAAAUGCCUUAUGAGUGCAGGGAAUGUGGGAAGUCCUUUGCCAGUUUCACUGGCUUCCACUAUCAUCAGAAAGUUCACAAGGGAGAAAAGCCUUAUGAGUGUCGUCAAUGUGGGAAAUCUUUUACCAGGUUGUAUACCCUUCGUUGUCAUCAGAGAGUUCACACUGGAGAAAAGCCUUAUGAGUGCAGUGAAUGUGGAAAAUCUUUUGCUGUGAUCUAUGGCCUUCGUUCUCAUCAGAGAAUUCACACUAGAGAAAGGUUGUAUGUGUGUAGUUAAUAUGGGAAAUCUUUUAGGCAAAGUUCUAACCUGACUCCACACAUACGAAUUCACAUUGGAGGAAAGUGUUACAUAUUCAGGAAAUGCAGUUUUUUAGUUCACUCCUAAAAAUAAUGUAGUACCUGGAGCAGCAGCAGGCAGGCCUGGAGCUGCCAGGCCCGGAGCAGCAGCAUCCAGGCCUGGAGCAUCCAGGCCCGGAGCAGUAGCAGCCAGGC